CCCCACAGGCCGCGUGAGGAGAGCCUGUGCCCAGAAGCAGGAUGAGAAGAUGGCAAACUUCCUGUUACCUCGGGGCACCAGCAGCUUCCGCAGGUUCACACGGGAGUCCCUGGCGGCCAUCGAGAAGCGCAUGGCGGAGAAGCAAGCCCGUGGCUCGGCCACCUCACAGGAGAGCCGUGAAGGACUGCCUGAGGAGGAGGUGCCCCGCCCCCAGCUGGACCUGCAGGCCUCCAAAAAGCUGCCGGAUCUCUAUGGCAACCCACCCCGAGAGCUCAUCGGAGAGCCCCUGGAGGACCUGGACCCCUUCUAUAGCACCCAAAAGACCUUCAUCGUCCUGAACAAAGGCAAGACCAUCUUCCGGUUCAGUGCCACCAAUGCCUUGUAUGUCCUCAGUCCCUUCCACCCCAUCCGGAGAGCGGCCGUGAAGAUUCUGGUUCAUUCGCUCUUCAGCAUGCUUAUCAUGUGCACCAUCCUCACCAACUGUGUGUUCAUGGCCCAGCACGACCCUCCACCCUGGACCAAGUAUGUUGAGUACACCUUCACCGCCAUUUACACCUUUGAGUCUCUGGUCAAGAUUCUGGCCCGAGGCUUCUGCCUGCACGCGUUCACCUUCCUCCGGGACCCGUGGAACUGGCUGGACUUCAGUGUGAUUGUCAUGGCGUAUGUAUCAGAAAAUAUAAAACUAGGCAAUUUGUCGGCUCUUCGAACUUUCAGAGUCCUGAGAGCUCUAAAAACUAUUUCAGUUAUCCCAGGCCUGAAGACCAUCGUGGGGGCCCUGAUCCAGUCUGUGAAGAAGCUAGCUGACGUGAUGGUUCUCACAGUCUUCUGCCUCAGCGUCUUUGCCCUCAUCGGCCUGCAGCUCUUCAUGGGCAAUCUGAGGCACAAGUGUGUGCGCAACUUCACGGCGGUCAAUGACACCAACGGCUCUGUGGAGGCCGACGGCAUGGUGUGGGACUCUCUGGACCUCUACCUGAACGAUCCAGAAAAUUACCUGCUCAAGAACGGCACCUCCGACGUGUUACUGUGUGGAAACAGCUCCGACGCUGGGACAUGUCCCGAGGGUUACCGUUGCCUAAAGGCUGGCCAGAACCCUGACCAUGGCUACACUAGCUUCGACUCCUUCGCCUGGGCCUUCCUCGCGCUCUUCCGCCUCAUGACACAGGACUGCUGGGAGCGCCUCUACCAGCAGACCCUAAGGUCUGCAGGGAAAAUCUACAUGAUCUUCUUCAUGCUUGUGAUCUUCCUGGGCUCCUUCUACCUGGUGAACCUGAUCUUGGCUGUGGUCGCCAUGGCCUAUGAGGAGCAAAACCAAGCCACCAUCGCUGAAACUGAGGAAAAGGAAAAGCGCUUCCAAGAGGCCAUGGAGAUGCUCAAGAAAGAGCAUGAGGCCCUCGCCAUCCAGGGCGUGGAUACUGUGUCCCGUAGCUCCUUGGAGAUGUCCCCUUUGGCCCCAGUAACCAACCAGGAGCAAAAGAGCAAGAGGAAAAAACGAUUGUCUUCGGGGACAGAGGAGUGUGGAGAGGACAGAUUCCCCAAAUCUGACUCAGAAGAUGGUCCUCAAGCAAUGAAUCAUCUCAGUCUCUCUCACGGCCUCAGCAGGACUUCUGUGAAGCCACGCUCCAGUCGCGGGAGCAUUUUUACCUUUCGCCGGCGAGACCUGGGUUCUGAGACGGAUUUUGCAGAUGAUGAAAAUAGCACAGCUGGGGACAGCGAGAGCCACCGCACAUCACUGCUGGUGCCCUGGACCCUGCGCCGGACCAGUGCCCCGGGACAGCCCAGUCCUGGGACCUCGGCUCCUGGCUUCAUCCUCAAUGGCAAAAGGAACAGUACUGUGGACUGCAAUGGGGUGGUCUCCUUGCUGGGGGCAGGUGACCCCGAGACCACAUCCCCAGGGAGUCACCUCCUCCAUCCUGUGAUGCUGGAGCAUCCCCCAGACACGACCACGCCGUCGGAGGAACCUGGUGGGCCCCCAGUGUUGACCCCCCAGGUUCCAUGUGUAGAUGGCUUCGAGGAGCCGGGAGCACGGCAGCGGGCCCUCAGCGCGGUCAGUGUCCUCACCAGUGCACUGGAAGAGUUGGAAGAGUCUCACCGCAAGUGUCCACCGUGUUGGAACCACUUUGCCCAGCGCUACCUAAUCUGGGAGUGCUGCCCAUUGUGGAUGUCCAUCAAGCAGAAAGUGAAGUUUGUGGUCAUGGACCCAUUCGCAGACCUCACUAUCACCAUGUGCAUCGUGCUUAACACACUCUUCAUGGCGCUGGAGCACUACAACAUGACAAUUGAGUUUGAGGAGAUGUUGCAUGUCGGAAACCUGGUCUUCACAGGGAUUUUCACAGCCGAGAUGACCUUCAAGAUCGUUGCCCUCGACCCCUACUACUACUUCCAGCAGGGCUGGAAUAUCUUCGACAGCAUCAUCGUCAUCCUUAGCCUCCUAGAACUGGGCCUGUCCCGCAUGGGCAACCUGUCGGUGCUGCGCUCCUUCCGCCUGCUGCGGGUCUUCAAGCUGGCCAAGUCGUGGCCCACCCUGAACACACUCAUCAAGAUCAUCGGGAACUCCGUGGGGGCACUGGGGAACCUGACGCUGGUGCUAGCCAUCAUCGUGUUCAUCUUUGCCGUGGUGGGCAUGCAACUCUUUGGCAAGAGCUACUCGGAGCUGAGGCUCCGCAUCAACGACUCAGACCCACUGCCUCGCUGGCACAUGAUGGACUUCUUCCAUGCCUUCCUCAUCAUCUUCCGCAUCCUCUGUGGCGAGUGGAUUGAGACCAUGUGGAACUGCAUGGAGGCGUCUGGGCAGUCGUUGUGCCUGCUGGUCUUCUUGCUGGUUAUGGUCAUUGGCAACCUUGUGGUCCUGAACCUCUUCCUGGCCUUGCUGCUCAGCUCCUUCAGCGCAGACAACCUCACAGCCCCCGACGAGGAUGGGGAGAUGAACAACCUCCAGCUGGCCCUGGCCCGCAUCCAGCGCGGCCUGCGCUUCGUCAAGCGGACCACCUGGGACUUCUGCUGUGGGCUGAUGCGGCAACAGCCUCAGAAGCCCGCAGCCCUUGCGGCCCCCGGCCGGCUGCCCAAUUGCAUCGCCAGCUCCAGCCCCCCACCCCUUCCAGAGGUGGAGAAGGCACCUCCGGCCCGCAAGGAAACACGCUUUGAGGAAGGCAAGCCGCCAGGCCAGGACACCCCCGGGGACCUGGAGCCCGUGUGUGUGCCCAUCGCCGUGGCAGAGUCGGACACGGAUGACCAAGAGGAGGAUGAGGAGAACAGCCUGGGCACAGAGGAAGAGUCCAGCAAGCAGGAAUCCCAGCCUGUGUCCGGUAGCCCAGAGGCCCCCCCGGAGCCUAGGACCUGGAGCCAGGUGUCCGAGACCACCUCCUCCGAGGCUGAGGCUAGUGCGUCUCAGGCAGACUGGCAGCAGCAGCGGAAAGCGGAGCCCCGGGCCCCAGGGUGCAGUGAGAUCCAUGAGGACAGUUACUCCGAGGGCAGCACAGCCGACAUGACCAACACUGCCGACCUCCUGGAACAGAUCCCUGAUCUCGGCGAGGACGUCAAGGACCCAGAGGACUGCUUCACUGAAGGCUGUGUCCGGCGCUGUCCCUGCUGCGCGGUGGACACCACACAGGCCCCAGGGAAGGUCUGGUGGCGGCUGCGCAAGACCUGCUACCGCAUCGUGGAGCACAGCUGGUUUGAGACAUUCAUCAUCUUCAUGAUCCUGCUCAGCAGUGGAGCGCUGGCCUUCGAGGACAUCUACCUGGAGGAGCGGAAAACCAUCAAGGUUCUGCUCGAGUAUGCUGACAAGAUGUUCACCUACGUCUUCGUGCUGGAGAUGCUACUCAAGUGGGUGGCCUACGGCUUCAAGAAGUAUUUCACCAACGCCUGGUGCUGGCUUGAUUUCCUCAUCGUGGAUGUCUCGCUGAUCAGCCUGGUGGCCAACACUCUGGGCUUUGCUGAGAUGGGUCCCAUCAAGUCACUGCGGACGCUGCGUGCACUUCGCCCCCUGAGAGCCCUGUCACGAUUUGAGGGCAUGAGGGUGGUGGUGAAUGCUCUGGUAGGCGCCAUCCCGUCCAUCAUGAACGUCCUCCUCGUCUGCCUCAUCUUCUGGCUCAUCUUCAGCAUCAUGGGCGUGAACCUCUUCGCAGGGAAGUUUGGGAGGUGCAUCAAUCAGACCCAGGGAGACCUGCCUUUGAACUACACCAUUGUGAACAACAAGAGUGAGUGUGAGUCCUUCAACGUGACCGGCGAAUUGUACUGGACCAAGGUGAAAGUCAACUUCGACAACGUGGGGGCCGGGUACCUGGCCCUUCUGCAGGUGGCAACAUUUAAAGGCUGGAUGGACAUUAUGUAUGCAGCUGUGGACUCCAGGGGGUAUGAAGAGCAGCCCCAGUGGGAAUAUAACCUCUACAUGUAUAUCUACUUUGUCGUUUUCAUCAUCUUCGGGUCUUUCUUCACCCUGAACCUUUUCAUCGGUGUCAUCAUUGACAACUUUAACCAACAGAAGAAAAAGUUAGGGGGCCAGGACAUCUUCAUGACAGAGGAGCAGAAGAAGUACUACAACGCCAUGAAGAAGUUGGGCUCUAAGAAGCCCCAGAAGCCCAUCCCACGGCCCUUGAACAAGUACCAGGGCUUCAUAUUCGACAUUGUGACCAAGCAGGCCUUCGAUGUCACCAUCAUGUUCCUCAUCUGCUUGAAUAUGGUGACUAUGAUGGUGGAGACAGAUGACCAAAGCCCUGAGAAAGUCAACAUCUUGGCCAAGAUCAACCUGCUCUUCGUGGCCAUCUUCACAGGCACUGUGCUCUCAGACAUCAUCCAGAAGUACUUCUUCUCCCCGACGCUCUUUCGAGUCAUCCGCCUGGCCCGAAUCGGCCGCAUCCUCAGACUGAUCCGAGGGGCCAAGGGGAUCCGCACGCUGCUUUUUGCCCUUAUGAUGUCCCUGCCCGCCCUCUUCAACAUCGGGCUGCUGCUUUUCCUCGUCAUGUUCAUCUACUCCAUCUUCGGCAUGGCCAACUUCGCUUAUGUCAAGUGGGAGGCUGGCAUCGACGACAUGUUCAACUUCCAGACCUUCGCCAACAGCAUGCUGUGCCUCUUCCAGAUCACCACAUCGGCUGGCUGGGAUGGCCUCCUCAGCCCCAUCCUCAACACGGGCCCCCCCUACUGCGACCCCAAUCUGCUCAACAGCAAUGGCUCCCGGGGGAACUGCGGGAGCCCAGCCGUGGGCAUCCUCUUCUUCACCACAUACAUCAUCAUCUCCUUCCUCAUCGUGGUCAACAUGUACAUCGCCAUCAUCCUGGAGAACUUCAGUGUGGCCACGGAGGAGAGCACCGAGCCCCUGAGCGAGGACGACUUUGACAUGUUCUAUGAGAUCUGGGAGAAGUUCGACCCAGAGGCCACCCAGUUCAUUGAGUAUUCGGCCCUGUCCGACUUCGCCGACGCCCUGUCCGAACCGCUCCGUAUCGCCAAGCCCAACCAGAUAAGCCUCAUCAACAUGGACCUGCCCAUGGUGAGCGGGGACCGUAUCCACUGCAUGGACAUCCUCUUUGCCUUCACCAAGAGGGUCCUGGGAGAGUCUGGGGAGAUGGACGCCUUGAAGAUCCAGAUGGAGGAAAAAUUCAUGGCGGCCAACCCAUCCAAGAUCUCCUACGAGCCCAUCACCACCACACUCCGGCGCAAGCACGAGGAGGUGUCAGCCACGGUCAUCCAGAGGGCCUUCCGCAGGCACCUGCUGCAGCGUUCCGUGAAGCAUGCCUCCUUCCUCUUCCGUCGGCAGACGGGCAGCAGUGGCCUCUCCGAGGAGGACGCCCCUGAGCGAGAGGGCCUCAUCGCUUACAUGAUGAAUGAGAACUUCUCCCAGCCCCUUGGCCCGCCCUCCAGCUCCUCCAUCUCCUCCACAUCCUUCCCACCCUCCUAUGACAGUGUCACCAGAGCCACCAGUGAUAACCUCCAGGUCCGGGCGUCUGACUACAGCCCUAGCGAAGAUCUUGCUGACUUCCCCCCGUCCCCAGACAGAGACCGUGAGUCUAUUGUGUGAACCUCGCACCAGCUGGCCAGGACACACUAAAAGGUAGCCUGUCACAUCAUGGCAAACCUGAAUGCAGUCACAGUCCAGCCUGGGGCCUUCCUGGCUUGGAGCUUUGGGGGUGAGAGAUGGCCUCAACCCCAUAGAUCAACAAGGCAGAGUUCUGUGGCACCACUUGGGCAGCCAGAGCAGUCAGGGGAGCCGACUUUUCAGGAUGGGCUGUCCCUGCAGGCCCCACACGUACCUGUGGCCUCGUCUGGUCAGGCAAUGCCCUGGGGCUCUGAAAAGCAGCUCCAUCCCAGCUGCUGAGACAAAACAUAAAACUGAAACUAUGUAUGUUGUGAAUGGGCUUUCAUAAAUUUAUUAUAUUUGAUAUUUUUUUACUUGAGCAAAGAACUAAAGUUUUUUCCAUGGACAUCGGCAGCGAUGCAUGCUGCCUCUUCUGAACCCUGAACAUGAGUGUCUAUGGAGCAGCCAGAACUCUGUUCUCAAAGCAAAAGUGGAAUCCAGUGUGGCUCCCACAGGCCUUCACUUCCCCUGGCUGAAAUGGGGUCUCCCUUUUGCUUAGGCUGCGGGGCCAGGAGGGCUGACCCCCAACCUCACUCACACAUGCAUGUGCACAUACCUCACGCACAGCAUGGCCAAAACAGGCCACGAGUGUUGGGCCCUAGGCAAAGGGAGACAGGCCUUUCCCUAGGCCUCAUGGAGGGGGUUCUUGUCCAUGGAGUGAACCGGCCUUCCCCUGUCUCCAGGAUUCCGUUUUUCCCCAUGUUUUUACACGGGCCACAUUGGGAUCAAUGCUGCAAAAAUAAAAGGCUUCCAGAGGAGAGUGGCCUGGGUCCCAGGGCUGGUCCGAUGCACUGUUGUUGCCUUUUCUUCCCCUCCUGUAAGAGUAUUAACCUUAAAAUCGAAGGGCACAAGGGAGCCAGCCCCACUCACAGCCUGGCAUAUGGCUUGUUCUUGCUCCCAGAGCCUGGCAGGGCCUGCCCCACAGGCCAAGAAAGCCAUGUGAUGUAGGGCAAAGAAGUUCAGCAGUGGCAUUCAGCCACGGUGACCUUUGGCCCAACUGCAGAAAAGAACCCGCUGCCAUCUCCCAGGGCUCUCUCUCCGGAUUUUUUUGCCUCUGGCCAUGUGGGGAGGAGACUUCUGUGUGAUCCCAGCUUCUCUCCAGAUGCAGCGGCAUGGGCGUGAGGAGGGUGGCUUAACCUUGUGCAGUGACAAAGCUUCAGGAUGGUCAGG